AAGCCUGUUUAAGAGCGUGAGUGUCGGCGUUAAACCAUGGUAUUAUUAUCAGACAGACAGGUAGUUGUAUUUUUUCUUUGUUAUUGUAGUUCAUCAUUGUAUAAUUAAACGUGAGUAAAUAAUGAUCAGUAAGGAGAGGAUUUUGGGGGAAAAUGUUUAACCAUACGUUAAAACAAGAUGGAGGCUGAGCUGGUUUACUAACGUGUUGAAUAAAAUCAACAGGGAAUUAAAUGCACAGCUGAGACUAUCACGGUCAACAUCUACAUGAAUGAUGAAAUCCCCGACAAUUAUAAUUUAUCUGUCUUGAGCACUAACUCGGAUAAUCCAGAGAACUCUGAAUAAGGUGCAGGUGGACGAUAAACUGUGACUAUCAGAAUUAGUUUGUGUUUUCCAACUAGGAUGAGAAAGACUAAAGAUGAAUAUCCAGGUUUGGGUUGGGGGUUGAUUAAUAAUCUAGUAUUAAAAAUGGCUCCUCCUCCUCCUCCUCCUCCUCGGCCUGAGCUUCUGGGAAUAUGGGUGUUAGCAUGAGUGGGUGGAGUCGACUCAUUUAAACUAACAUAAUCUUCUUCAUGUAACUAAGUUUCAGUUACACAGAAUAAAUCAAUUUGAUUGUUGGUAAUUAGAUCAUUAAUUAAAACAGAUUUAAAGGAGAGUGAUCUUAUAUUUAAUAGUCCACAUUUAAAAGUGGUUUUCUUGGAAUCUCUUUCAUUAUUACUUCACCCCACGGAGUGAAAUAUUGUGUGUGUGUGUGUGUGUGUGUGUGUGCGCGCGCUUCCACACUUGCUUGCACUUGCCACUAUGACCAAGAGAGAGCGCCAGAGGCUUGUUGCGUGAAUGGGGUGAAGUUGGCAUUGAUUCUUAUUAAAUGAGAAAGUCUAACUCCUCUUCUGUUCAUUAUUGAUUUAUUCACCUCAGGUCGUGGGACAGACACAGUCUCUAUGGGGUUUUUAGUUGGUGACUGCUCGAAUAGAAGCCUCCUGGUCUCAGCGCGUGUAUGGUUGUCCAUGGUUAUUUAUUUAAACAGUUUGUUCCAUUUAAAUAGUUUUGUUCAGAAUGUACCUUUUUUCUUCCUCAUAUUCCUCUCGCUCAUAUUUUCUAGGCUUAUUCUCAAUGAUUUAUUUAUUGGCUAACUGGCGAACUAUGCGCCCUCCGUCCAGCAGGUGGCAGCCUCUGAAUCGGAUGGAGGAGCAGUGAAACAGCGCGGCGGUGAGGUGGUGAGGUGGUGAGGUUGCACGGCCGCUGCCUGCAGAGUGGGAACAUUUUUUUAAGGCAAAUGUUUACGAACUGCACGUCGGUCUGUUGUUGUUGCUAUGAUUCGUACGAGUUAGCAAACGCAGUUUGGAAAUGUUCUCCCAGUUUCAUCUUAAAGAGAAUAACGCGAAAACGGAAAAGCUUAUAUGACCUUUACUCAGUGUGUGAAGCUGCUCUGAGACGAUGUACUCAAACAGGUCGGAGCACAGUCACAGGCGGCAGCACAGUGACAGGAGUUCCAGGCAGUGGGAUGACAGACGUGAACCCCACAGAGAUGUACCUCGGGAUUCCUUUCAAAAAUAUGAUAGAGCUGAGGGAGGAAACAGAAGCAGAGAGUACAGUGACUCGCCUCAGAGGCGAUACAGUAAAGACUGGAGCAGAAAGAGCCCAGUGAGAAGACGCGGGUCUUCUCCUGAGAAGAAGAGGCGAAGGUUUGUUGAUCAUGAUGAUGAUCACAAAUACAGAUGUGAACCUGAGGAUAAAACAUACAGACAAUCACCAGAUGGUUUUUCACACCAACCCAAGGAUUUCAAACAUUCAUUACCACAAAAAGACCAUUUCAAAUACAAGAAAACCUCUCAAGACUCUAGACACAGGCAUGAAGAGUUCAGCUACAGAACACAGCAUGACGAUCACAGACCAGCGUCUGGAUAUCACAAAGACAGAGAUCAUCGUGAAAGGAGCUGGGAGCGCUCAGAAGGGUCGACACGAUCUCAAGAGAGCUCCAUGAACAAUUUUGUCAAAGGAGGAGCGAGAGAAGACAGCCCCUCCAGACGUCACGAGGAUCAUCAUCAUCAUCAUCAAAGUAGUGCAAGGUUUCCAUUAAAUGAACCUUGUGGACAGUCGUUUGAGCGUGACCUCAUCAACCAAACUCCCACUCUUCCUGAGCAGAAGUCCAAUGAGGGAUUUCAACGUUUCCUCAACGUGCUCAACAAGGGCGUGAACGUCGCCAUGCUCACCAAGAUCGUCACUCGUCCGUCUCCAGAAGCCAACAAUCCACCGCACUCCCCUGGUUCUUUCACGGACACGGUGCAACAUCUGUGGUCUCCUGAUUCUGAUGAGAAGCAACAAGGAAGCCACCAAAACAACGGCCAGUGGAGUGAGAGCGAAGGACCCCGGCGACCUCACUGUGAGACCAAGACCUUCAGCCCAGUGGGACGUUCUCUGUCUGAUGACACGUCACUGCAAAGGAGUGACGGAGGACAAAGCCACCAUGGUUCGAACAGCAGAUUCAAGUCUCCAUCCGUGGUGGCGAAUAAAACAAUAACGCCUGAAGAUGAGCACAAGCACAAGCAAAUUCAAGAUGUUCUACAGGCCAUUGGCUUGGAUCUGGGUUCUGAGGAACUGGGCCAAAUGUCCCAUCGAAUCCAGGAGCGGUUAUACGGAAAGAAGGAUGUUGACCUGGCUCGCUGUCGAGGCAAAAGUAGAGAAAGAGACACAAGGCGAGCGAUUUCUCCACAAUAUCGAAGUAGAUCGUCCUCAUCAAACCCAUCAAAUUUCAGCUCUUUGACUGGGGACAGUUACAUGAAGAAAGACUCAUGUCGUGCUCAGAUGGAUGGAACAGAGGUGCGUCCCAUUCAGGUGCUUAAGACUGUUGAAUAUGUCCAGAAUAAUAGCAGUAAUUCUCUUCAGGACAGUGAUAAAUGUGAAACCACUGCUACAUUUCAGACAUUUUCUCAUGAUAACACCUACAGUGUUUCAGAGCCGCCGCCUCCUCUUCCUCCUCCUCCUCCCCCUCCCACAGUGCCGCUGACGUACUCUCCAGUGAACUAUUCACCUCUGCCAUACUCACCUCUCCUGCCACCUCUGCCUCCGAACUUACCCCACGUCAGACCCAGUGUUUUCUUGCCUCCCUACCUCCCUUUCCCCCCUGUCCCACCUGUGAACUUCUUCCCUCCAACAAACCACUUACUCCCACAACACAUUAUCAAUCCUCAGUCAAACUUUCUAAACCGGCCACAAAUGAACCAACAUCAGCCACUGAACAAUGCACAGAAAUCCAAACCACAGCCCAGGCCGAGGUGUUUGCAGGUCAUCCAAACAAAACAACCUGGAUAAUGAAUAUGUGGGGAGAUAUGGGCGGGACAUCUGACCAGAGACACUCAGCAACAACAAAUCACACAUCAAGUAAUGUUGACAAUGAUCCAUGACGACUGUCCAUCACUCAGUCUGUGUUUUUCAGCCACGGCACAAUGUCACACACACACACACUAAACCCACACACACACUAAACCCACAGUGACCCUAACUCUUUUUGAUUCAUUGCAUUAUUUAUAGCUAGUCAUUAAUGAUGAGAUACGGUUUUGUUGUAAUCAUGUUUGUUUGCAGAUGUCUGUUUUUUGAGGAUACUCCCUUCAUGUGAAAUUGACCAUGUAUAGUAAACAACAUGUGUUUUUACACCAACUGUUGCUGUGUAAAUAUCUGACGAGUGUAAUAAAUACAAUGAUUCUGAAGUAAA